AAAAGAAAAGAAAAAAGAAAGGAAACGAAACGUGAGAAAAUUGCAGUAGGAAAAGUCCUAGUAACGCAGUGGUUAACCCUUACCCUACCCUAAACGGAAACAUUUAUCUCCCUCUCCUUAGUGCCCAGUUUCCCAGAGCGGGAUUUUCAAAAUGGCGGAAGACUCAGUCGUCUGCGUGAGCUUCGAUGGAAUAUUGGAGCCAGCGAGCCCGUCAUUGCAGAAUUGUAUCAAAUUUUCAAAGAGUGGAAGAUACUUAAGUGCCUUGUGUGACUUUGGAGUUGUCUCUAUUUGCCAGUUGACAGAGGUUGGUGAAGACUUCAAGGUAGUCUUAGUUAAAAGACUCACAUUUGGCAAAGGUGAACUUCUUGAGGGUCAUGCCUGGUCCAGCGAUGAUCAAAUAUUUGCUGUAGCUGGAUACAAGAUUUAUCUUUCUAAAGUCUGUCAGGGAUUUACCAGUCUUUAUACCAUUCCCUUGUAUUACAUGCCAAAAGACAUUUCCUUAAUCUUGACUGAUUGUUCUUCUCCACAAAAGGUGUAUAGUUUAGCUGUUGCUGGUCCAAAUGGAGUUGAACUGUAUCAAAUGGAGAUAGGAGACUUUAAAAUGAUAACUGGUGGUUCCUCAUCACUCCAUUCAGAUCUGGCCAUUGCACUGGUUGAAUUUUCCCCUGAUGAACAUUACCUAGCUGUGGUAUGGUGUGUUAAUAUGGUUUGGAGCAUGUUUGGCUUGAAAUACUAUGCCACAAGAGCAGCCAUUACCCAGAGUGAAGGGAUAUUUGGAAUUUCUGAGGGGACUGGGAGUUCUUGCCCAGUUUCCCAGAGCGGGAUUUUCAAAAUGGCGGAAGACUCAGUCGUCUGCGUGAGCUUCGAUGGAAUAUUGGAGCCAGCGAGCCCGUCAUUGCAGAAUUGUAUCAAAUUUUCAAAGAGUGGAAGAUACUUAAGUGCCUUGUGUGACUUUGGAGUUGUCUCUAUUUGCCAGUUGACAGAGGUUGGUGAAGACUUCAAGGUAGUCUUAGUUAAAAGACUCACAUUUGGCAAAGGUGAACUUCUUGAGGGUCAUGCCUGGUCCAGCGAUGAUCAAAUAUUUGCUGUAGCUGGAUACAAGAUUUAUCUUUCUAAAGUCUGUCAGGGAUUUACCAGUCUUUAUACCAUUCCCUUGUAUUACAUGCCAAAAGACAUUUCCUUAAUCUUGACUGAUUGUUCUUCUCCACAAAAGGUGUAUAGUUUAGCUGUUGCUGGUCCAAAUGGAGUUGAACUGUAUCAAAUGGAGAUAGGAGACUUUAAAAUGAUAACUGGUGGUUCCUCAUCACUCCAUUCAGAUCUGGCCAUUGCACUGGUUGAAUUUUCCCCUGAUGAACAUUACCUAGCUGUGGCAGCUCUUGAUGGUCAUUUUGGUAUCUGGACUGUCUCAAGCUUGGACACGGACCAAAAAGAGUUUUGGUAUGUCCACCUUAAAACUGUGCGCAUCACCAGCAUGGAAUUUUCACCAGAUAGCACUAUGGUUGCUGUGGCAGGUUGGGAAGGGUCCUGGCAUUUGUACAGAAAGAUAGUUCAGGAUGAGAAGGUGACAUGGGAAGAAUUUCAUUACAGCACAAGUGUAGAUAGAGUGUCUGGAGAUCUACCUGGGUCCUUCAUAAGCUGGUCUCCAGAUAACAGAUUUGUGAGGUUGAUUCAGUGCAAUGACAAGACAUCUUGUCUAUCGACAUUUGAUACUCAAACUUCAGUCACCACAGGAAUUCCUCUUGAUGGCAUCGUGAAGGGACUAGCAAGUUUCAGGCGAAUGUUAGGAGACUACACCCUCUGUGUGUUGAGAUCAAAAAAGCAGUGUUUUUUGGUAAAGUGGCCAACAAGUGUGUCGGCCUCAGUCAAGGCCAGUGCCGCUCAUGAAGAAGAAACAAAGCUUUUAUUUCAAGAAUCAUUGGAGGGAUCUUUGCUGGCAGAACGUUCGGCUGCAGGUGGUGUUACUCUGCUGUGGAGAAGGGCUCCACAAGACAUCCUUGCCUUACUAAGGAACAUAAGCGAGAGAGGGUCAGAAAUAGGGCAAAGUUAUAAACCAUCUGAAAUGCAGCAGUGUUCAGUGCGUGAAACAAUAAGUGACAAUAAACACCAACGAGAUGAAGAGGGGUCAGGGAGUGCGCAGUGCAAUCAAGAUGAAAUCUUCAGGACCGAAGUUCUGCAAAAAGGCGAUGGUCAUCUUAAAUCACUUACAGACUGCAGACAAGGAAAUAACAGUAAGAACUUUAUGAAAUCUUCAGAAGGUAGCUCUAAAAAUACAGAGGUGAGCAACGAUAGGUCAAAAGUAGAGGAAAACGGCAAGACAAAUGAAUACAGAAGUUUGAAAUAAGCAGAACGUAACUCGCCUGAAAUGCCAGUCGACUUUAACGCUUUUGGGUCUACCGAGAAUUCUUUGGGAAACAUAAGUCAAACAGGCAAUGUGCUGACCACUUCUUGUGGAUCUUUUACAAAAGGACGUUGUACGAAGUCAAACGAACAAUCUGAUGCUCCGUGUACGUCCAGGCUAUCAAAUGAGGUCAUGUUCAUAGAAGCACCAUUUCUUAACCCGAGACUCUUUCAGAAGUCUGGUACUAACAGCUUGUCACCUUCACUAAGCAGUACUGUGAAAUUGUUGAUCUCAACAAAUUAUGUCAUAGUCGUCAUCUUGCCUCUGCUAGCUCAUGUCUAUCACUACGAACAGGAAGAAUGGCAAAGUCUGCUGUUUCCCGUUGCGGUGAAGAGCUGCUGUAUCGCACAAGGUAAAUACCUUGUGCUUCUCACGAACGAAGGUGGACUAAGGAUUUGGUGUGUACAGAGUAUGGCAAUGUUGUAUCGCUCACAGGAGGUUCUUUGUGCCACUAAGAAUGACUAUGAAAGGUGCACCAUGACAGGACAUCUGUUUGAGCCCCGAUUUGCUAUUGUCAAGCUGGACAAGGCUGGAGCAGGAGAAGUGUUACGCGUUUCUUUUCAGCCAAACCACAGUGAUUUCAGAGUGUCCGUGACACGCUUGCUGGUGUGUUACCCUGGCCUACCGGGCGUUAGCUUUGCAAGUCAAGUGUGUGGCUGUGUCGGUCACCUCAUCAUCUUCAAACAAAGACAAUAUUCUGAGGAUGACGAUGAGACGAGUCAAGAACAUAAGGAGUUAUCUCUCGCAAAAUGGGUCGUUAUAAUCCCAGGUACUAACGUUAACAAACCUGGAACAUAUUUGUCAAUUAGUUAAUGAGCUCGACAUUUCUAUUACGCAUCGGAAUCGAGAGCGAUUAAUAUAAUUGUUUCAGGAUAAAUCUACUAGUUGUUCAAAACUUUAUUUAAAUCCUCUUCACAGACACUUCGACAAUUCAAA